UGAAAGAAAAAAAAGUGUUGGGUGUAGUGGGGAAAGGUAAAGCAGGGUUUGCAGGACAUCUCCAAUAAGAAAGUGGAGUAAAUAUAUUGGGUUUUAAAAGUAAAGCAGCUGUUGCUAUUGCUAUUACUACGAUUUCUGUUGGAGAUUUUAUCAGUGGAGUGUUUCUACUUGAGAACUGACAUCAUGGCUGAAGCUUUGUCCUGUUUUGAGGAGGAUUUCACAUGCAUCAUCUGUUGUGAGGUCUUCACCGAUCCGGUCACUCUGAAAUGUAGCCACAGUUUGUGUGAGAAAUGUCUCCAGCGUUUCUGGACGACUCAGGACGUGCCGCGGUGUCCAGUCUGUCGGAAGGAAUGCUCUCACGACGAACCCACCAAGAGCCUGGCGUUCAGAGCACUCUGUGAGACCUUCAAGAAGAGGAAACCCUCCGCUGUUUCAGGAGACGUUUGUCCAGAACAUAAAGAGGAACUCAAACUCUUCUGCUUUAAGGACCAGCAGCCCAUCUGUUUGGUCUGUUACACGUCAAAGAAGCAUGAAAAGCACAAGUGUUCUCCUGUCGACGAGGCCGCUGGGAAUUUAAAGAGAGAUCUCAAGACACAAAUGAACAAACUUCAGGAGACCCUUGAUAAACUCAAGAAAGCCCGUGAGAGCUGUGUGAAACAGGCGGAGCUCAGUAAGGAACACACUAGUAUGGACGAAGUCCAGAUCAAGAAGGAAUUUGAGAAGCUCCAUCAGUUUCUUAAAGACGAGGAGGAGAAACACAUCAGAUCCUUGCGUAAAGAAAAGGAAAUUCAAGAUGGGAAACUCAAGGCUAGAAUGAAGGAGCUGUCCAAACGGAUAUCAGAUAUGUCUGAGAAUAUGGCAGCCGUCUGGAAGGACAUGGAAGAAAAAAACAUCACAUUUCUCCAGAAUUACAGCGAUACAUUAAAAAAACUCAAACGGCCAUCAGUACCACACACAACCCCUGAACAAGAAGGAUAUCAGCACCAUCAUUUUCAGACAAUGAUCUUCACCACCUGGGCCAGAAUGCAGAACCUUGUGGAAAAGUCUCCUGUGACUCUGGAUCCAGACACAGCCUCCAGUAAACUACAGGUGUCAGAAGAUCGCACCAGUGUUGAGUACAAAAAAAAGAAAAUACACGUGUCUGAUAACCCAGAGAGGCUGUAUGUGGGAGUGCUGGCGUCGCAGGGCUUCAGCUCAGGUGUGCACUGCUGGGACGUCGAGGUAAGAAACAACAACAACUGGACUCUGGGAGUAGUGGGGGAGAUGGUGGACCGCAAAAGACUUUACAAAAUGGACCCGAAGAGUCGUUUUUGGUGUUUUCGUUAUGUGGAUUAUGAAUACAAGAAAGGAAAUAAAACUAUCAGCCAUAUUAAUAGCAAUGAGAGGCCAAAUGUUAUCCGACUGCAGCUGGACUUUGAAAAAGGAGAGCUGAGAUUCAUCGACCCUUUCAGAAACAGGGUUUUGUGCACCUACACCGGUGGAUUUCCAGAGAAGGUGUUCCCAUAUUUCUGUAGUGGAGAUGUGGACAAGCCACUUAAUGUUUAUGUGGCAAAAAAACGAAACUUAUAAAUAACUUUUUUUUUUUUUUGUUACAAAUGUGGAGGGGUGGAAGGCACUCAUGUACUUAAAAAAAACUGUUUGUGACUUGUCAGAGUCAAAUUUUAGCAUUACAGAUGUUACAUCAAAGUAAAUGUAUCCAUGUCUAAGAAAUAUUCAUGAAGCAUGUAGGUGAUUUAUCAACAUAUAAUACCAUGCAAAUCAUUUAGCUCAAUAUUAGCCUGAUUUUUUUCAAAAUAGCAGCUGUGGGGCAAAGUGAGCCAAAUGAUGUGGGGUAAAGUGAGCCAGCAUUUUACCUUACCACAUCAUAAAGCACUGAUGUAGAGUUAAAUCAUUAAAGUAUUAACUGGUAUUAUAAUGUGAUGUUACACAACUGAUUUACUUUAUCAAAUA